GACUUGUCAGAAAUCAGGCAGCACUGAAGCAAAAAAUAAACUAAAAUAAAAUCUUUUGGAAAUAAAUUAAAAUAAAAGAAUAUGAGUUCUAUCGGUACCGGAUAUGAUUUAUCAGCAUCUCAGUUCUCACCGGACGGUCGAGUUUUUCAAAUAGAAUAUGCAGCAAAAGCAGCUGAAAUUAGUGGGACUGCAAUUGGCUUGCGUGGAAAAGAUGGUUGCAUAUUAGCAGUUGAGAAAGUUAUUACCAGUAAACUUCAUGAAGCAGAUUCUGGACGAAGAAUUUUCACAAUUGAAAACUCGAUAGGAUUGGUGAUUUGUGGUCUUAUAACUGAUGGUCGUGCUGUUGUGAGCUAUGCAUUGAAAGAAGCUCAAAAUUAUCGUCGUCAAUAUGGUCGAACAAUUCCAUUGAAAAUUCUCAACGAACGUUUGUCAAGUUUAUUUCAUGCAUAUACUCUUUAUUCUGCCGUUCGUCCUUAUGGAGUUUGUGUAAUUCUUACAACUUGGACUGAAGAGAACGGUUCCGAAAUGUACUGCAUUGAACCUUCGGGUGUCUCAUUUGGAUAUUUUGGUUGCGCAACUGGAAAAGCAAAACAAGCAGCAAAAACCGAAAUUGAAAAACUUAAACUUGACAACUUGUCAGCAAGAGAACUUUUGAAUGAAGGGGCGAAGGUUAUUUAUCGUGUUAAUGAAGACUCCACUGACAGUGAUACGAAAUUCAAGUUGGAAUUAUCGUGGGUUGGAAAGGAAACAAAUGGAAUUCAUCAAAUGUGCCCUGUGAAUCUUUAUGAAGAAGCAAAAGCUACUGCUACAGCAGCUAUGGAACAAGGCGAUAGUGAUGUUGAAUAAUUUCAUUAUUUUUUUUCAUUUAUUAUAAUUAUUAAAAACUUCAGAUGAAAAUAAACUUUUCUUUCUGAUUAAUUAAAUAAUUGUGGACUAUUGAAUUAUUAAGUAACAGGUAUUUAUAUAUAUCUUAAGU